ACAUUAGUAGGCGCGGCCGAAGCUUUAUCUUUUUAUAGCAGAACAGUCGAGCAGGGGUCAGGAGCGAUCCUCGAUAAACGUCGCACAUCCUGGUGACUCGCAGCCCGUUAACCCCUGCCAUGGCUGUCGUCCUGGUGACAGACGGGUGCGUUCAUCGUCUCACGGGAUCACCCGCUGAUGCAGUAAAGCCUGUGUCACUUCUUCAGAGCAGGAAAUACGGGUUCUGCUGUGGACUUCCUGGUGUGUCCUUGUAAGAUCACUACAAGCCGACAUUCUGCAGCAGUUCUCCGGCUGCACGCUCUGACACCUGCAGAGGAAUUCAUGGGGUGACCAGAGAUGCCUUACCAAAGGAAAAUUCAUUUUCUGCGUUUGGGAGUCCUCGUCAUUGUGGCACUGGCUAUGAUAAAGUAUAUUCAAAGUGGCAGUCCUCCUCAGGUAACGCAGCCUGUAACGGUAGAAAAAAGAUCUAAACUUUUUUGGGGUGCGGAAGGAGAAGAUCCAGUAGAACCGGUAAUCGGGGAUCUUCCUCCUGAGCCGCAACGUGAGGAGGAAAUAAUUCCUCAGCCAAAGAUAAAGACCAUGUCGGGAAAGGUCACAUUGAAAGAUUUCAGUGGCUUCGAGAUGAAGCUAGUCCACUUGGAUCUGAAGGGAGCGCCUCCGAAAGUGUCCUACUAUGAGCAGAUAUUUCCUCUUCUCUCCAAGCUUGGGGCCAAUGGUUUACUCAUUGAAUAUGAGGAUAUGUUUCCAUUUACUGGAGAGCUGGCCAUCUUGAAGUCUCCAUAUGCUUACAGUGAGGAUGACCUGAAGAAGAUACUGCAUCUUGCAGAGACUAACAACCUAGAAGUGGUUCCACUCGUGCAGACGUUUGGGCACAUGGAGUACGUCCUGAAGCACGACAAGUACAAAGCGCUGAGGGAGGUGGAUCGUUACCCCAACAGCCUGAACCCUCACAAUAUGGAAACCCUGCCGCUGGUCAAGAUGAUCCUCACUCAGGUUCUUCAAAAGCAUCCAAUGAGCAGUUGGGUCCAUAUUGGAUCUGACGAGGUUUACCAUCUGGGGGAAGGGCAGGACUCCAAAUCCUGGCUAAACGGUAACAAAGGAGACCUGGGCAAGAUGUUCCUCUCUCACUUGAAGAAUGUGGUCAGCUUCCUCCAUGCUGAGUUCCCCGAGAAGAACCAGCUCAUAUGGGAUGAUAUGCUGAGAAAGCUGAGCACAAAGAGCAUACGGGCCUCCGGGAUCACAAAGCACGUGUCUCCAGUUCUAUGGCUCUACCAUGGCAAUUUCAAUAUGGAGCAAACAGAGUCCUUUAUUUCUAAAUAUGAGAAAAGUGGAUUUACAAAUAUUUGGUUUGCAAGCGCUUUUAAAGGGGCGUCCGGCCCAGCCCAGAUGUGGACCCCAAUGGACCUGCACAUGAAGAACCACCAGGAGUGGAAGAAAGUCAUCAACAGUAUGAGCAAGUUCCCCAAGAUCCACUACAGCGGCAUUGCUCUGACCGGGUGGCAGAGGUACGACCAUUACUCAGUGCUGUGCGAGCUGCUGCCGGUGGGCAUCCCUUCCCUGGCUGUGUGUCUGAAGACUCUCAAGUACGGACAAUUCACCGAGGAGGCCAAGAAGGACAUUUCUCACAUCCUGGGCUUCAGCAACAUCAAUGUAGAGAAAAACACUUGUGAAGGGACCGGUGCGUUUCCUGGAGCUGAAAUUUAUAACAUGGUGAGAAAAAUCCACAGUGAUCUGAAAAAGGUCCGUGAAAUCACUGAGGGAGACAGUGAAAUCAGUGGCUGGUUCUCACGCUACCACAGGGUGCACCGAUUUGGCAAUCCACAUAAAAUGGAGACAUUCAGUGCAAAAAUCUUAAAAGCCAAUGAAGAAUGGGAAUCCCACAUACACGCCCUGCGAUCCGAGCUCGAUUCCAUCUAUUUCCAGGACACGGUGGAAGAGUGGAUGGAAGAGAAUGUGAAUCCGUACAUGGACUCCCUACGAGAACUGGCAAAAGAUUUCCAGGAGAUUCUACCACUCAAUGCCCGCCCAAAGGUCAUGGUGACCAAGUGAAGGACACCGGUUCCCGCCGAGAACACUGCAGACUGGAUUUUGCUUGAAAUCGGAACCAGGCAAGGGUGACCCCUGCCAUACACGGAACAAAAGCAGGGGUCUGGGAACGGCCUUUACUCCAAAUUAUACAGUUAGUAGUAGCUCAGGACUGCCUCCUGCAUUAUACUUUAUGUACAUUCCAAAAUGCAUUCCAGUCCAUACACAGCAGAAAAAUCAUAUAAUCCGGUGUCUAACCAUGCCGAUAACAAAAAUAGAUUUUUUUUUAUUUUAUAAGAUCCUGACUACUAAUAUCUUGCCCCUCUCAGUUUGGUCAGAAAAAAGCAAAAAACAAAAGUUUGAGGGUAAGUAAUGGCUGGCAAAGAAGUGGCUGUUGAAUCGAGACCCUUAAAGGGGUUGUGUCAUCUGGGAGAUAGAUGGCAUAAUGCUAGGAUAUGCCAUCAAUGUCAUAAAGGUGCGGGUCCCAGAAAGGGCGCACGCGUGGCGUGUUCUCCAUGAAUUUCUAUAGGAGUUCCGAAAAUACAGUAGCUUGUCGUUUUUUUUUUUUUUUACUGUCCCAUAGAAAUUAAUGUAGAGCACACUGCGCAAGCGCAACCACCGCUCCGUUUAAUUGUAUGGGACUGCCGGAAAUAGCCGAGCUUGGCUAUUUUCACAACUCCCAUAGAAAUGCUGGUAGAGCGCACUGCGCAAGCGCAACCACCUCUCCGUUUAAUUGUAUGGGACUGCCGGAAAUAGCCGAGCUUGGCUAUUUUCGCAACUCCCAUAGAAAUGCAUGUAGAGCGCACUGCGCAAGCGCAACCACCUCUCCGUUUAAUUGUAUGGGACUGCCGGAAAUAGCCGAGCUGGGCUAUUUUCACAACUCCCAUAGAAAUUAAUGUAGAGCACACUGCGCAAGCGCAACCACCUCUCCGUUUAAUUGUAUGGGACUGCCGGAAAUAGCCGAGCUUGGCUUGUUUCACAACUCCCAUAGAAAUGAACGGAGGGCAGUUGUGCCAACGCGUUUCACUCUUGUUCACUUUGGGGGGGGGGGCCCGUUCUGGAGAUAGUUGCAGGUCUCAGAGGUGGGACCCUAGCAAUAUGCCAUCAAUGUUUCAGAUGAGACAACCCCUUGAAAGGCAUGUCCAACCUUUGCUACAGUGCAUCCAAAAAAAGAAAAUAAAAAAAGAAUGGUGUUGAUUAAAAAUCUGCCGUUUUGUGUUGACAGCUCCCCUACUGAUCUAUGUGUCUCCAUGGUUACACACUAAAUACAAACCCUGUGUACCCUGAUCUGUGCAGUCCUACUCCCUCCUGGUCUCUAGUUCAUCACAUAGCAAGAAGUAGGGGGAAGACUAAGACGGCAAGGAGCCUCAGGCUAGACGGGGUUUGCUUACAGCCUGUAAUCAUGGAGACACAUAGGUUUGCAUAGGAGCUGUGUACACAUAACGGUAAGAUUUAAAUCGCAUUAAUUUGCAAAGUUGCUUUAUUUUUUU